CAUUUAAAAGUAACGCAAACUCUGCACUAGGUAGCAAGUGAACCAUGAGGUAGAGAGCACAGAAACUGGCCUGAAAGGAGAGGGAAUAAAUGUGAAUUAUCAGAUUAUAAUGAAGCAUUACAAAACUGUAAUGUACUGUAAAUGUAAAUGUAAGUUGAUUCUAGAAUCGUGCGUGGCUUUGUGGGCUUUCUCUCCUUGUGCUUGUGUGCGUUUGGUGGUUGUGCCACGGAAACCAGCACUUUUGCAAUGGGGUCUAUGCUUGGUGACUGGCCCUCGUUUGACCCCCACAAUUUCAGCCAACUUCGACCUUCUGAUCCUUCCAACCCAUCUAAAAUGACACCAGCCACCUAUCAUCCUACUCAUAGCCGAACUCUUCCACCACCUAAUCAUGUAAUUACAACUGAAGUAAAAAAUAUUCUUAUGAGAAAUAUCUGUCAGUGUGCUGAAGAGAAGUUGAGACCAAAGAGAGCUGCCUCCGAACAUCUAAUUCUGGAGCGUGAAUGCAAGCAACCGAGGGCUUCUACCUCACCCUAAAGCUUUUCUGCUUUAAUUGGAAAUCCAACAGUUCUAUUGUCCAUGUAGAUAUAAAAUGUCAAAUAUGUGCUAAGUUGUUGUAAAAUGAUGCUUGAUUACCCACCCAAUUGUCGACCUGUGAAAUUAGACAAGUACAUUUUGAGCCUACAAAUUACCCAGGUGAUCCCUAAAAGAAGUUACAGUAUGAUACAUGGUUUUGUGUUUCUGUGCCUUUGUUAUGGUUUAUGCGGUGAGACUGCUGCCCGCACCAAUGCCCCAUAUGUUUAUGGUGCAAGCAUUGUUGUUCUUGGUGAUGUACUUUAUUAAUUCAAAGUCUGGUUAGGGUUUUGUCUUGGGUGUGAUUUGGUGAAGUAGAGAAAUUGUAUAUAUUGUCUAUGUUGACUCAAACGAAUAUAAUCUAUUUUAAAGCUUCAGAAGGACAA